AAUUAAUGGGUCUAUAGAUUUCCAGGUGGUGAAAUUAUCCUAGCCAUUUAAGAUAGUGUGGUUUUGUGUAGCUUUCAAAAAGUGAGAUGGGUAUAUCUGUUCCUUGUCUAGAAAGCCGGUUUGGACAGGGAGAGGAACGUUUCUCAGGCGUCUAAAUACAGCUCCCUAAUUUCCUAUAUUUAAGAACUCAAAGCUUUUGUCAUCUACUUGAUUUCUUGGUAUAUUUCCCUCUAGUGCUCCCUCCUUCUCCAAUCGCCUACAGUGAAUGGAGCCUUCCAAAAUCCUUGGAGGCACCGAAGAAUGCCACAGCAGUGAAUCGGGGUGGACAAUGUACAUUGGUUCCCCCAUCCAAGGUGGUGACGACGACGAUGGACACAGUGACGCUGAUGCUUAUGCUUCCAAUUAUGGUGGUCAUGCUGAUGAAACAGAAAUCAAUCACGAAGCUGACAGUGAUGAUUCUAUGGCUUCUGAUGCUUCUUCGGGUCCAAGUCAUCAGGGACAUCGUUAUGGAAAUAUGGAGGAAGGUCAUGGCACGUCCCAUCUCAAGGACGAGGAUGAGGGGGAAGGCAAUUAUUACUUGGACAAGAAAGCUAAGAAAUCACUGGAGAAGCAAAAGCUUGGAACAAAAAAGAAAGAAGACAAAGAUCAGAACGAGCGGAUGACUCUCCAGGCAAAAGGAGCUGCUACUCCUCGAAGUGGUUCCAAGGUAAGAAAAAGCAUCUGGCUAGGAAAAAGAAAGUAGAACUAGUUCUUGUUGUCCUUUUUUUUCCCCAUCCAGUUCUUCCGGUGGUUUUGCAGGGAUGGUAGCAUGUGCUUAAAAAAGUGUAUCAGAUAAAAACCUAUCUAUAUGUUAUGUGUUAUCAAAGCUCAGAUGUUGGAGUUCAAGCAAGAAACAUAACGACCAUAUUCCCCUCGUAAAUGUCGGUUUCAUUAUAAGCUUUUCUUUGUGCUCCACUGCUUGUAAGCUUGCA